CACCUGUUUGCUGUUUUUCUUCGUUUCCGCCGCUCACUUCAGCCUACACGCUCGAUUCGGCCUUUUUCCGCAUCCACGGGGCCAGGCCGCCGCCGCCGCCGCCGCCGCCCUACUCCCAGCUGCAUCCUUCGCCGGCGACUUGCGCCCACCACGGAAGGAUGGCGACGCUGAGGAACCUGAAGAUCAAGACGUCGACGUGCAAGAGGAUCGUGAAGGAGCUGCGCUCGUACGAGAAGGAGGUGGAGAAGGAGGCGGCCAAGACCGCCGACAUGAAGGACAAGGGCGCCGAUCCCUACGAUCUCAAACAACAGGAAAAUGUUUUAGCUGAGUCGAGGAUGAUGGUCCCAGACUGCCACAAGCGACUUGAAACUGCACUGGCUGACUUGAAAGCAACACUGGCUGAACUGAAGGAGUCAAAUGAGCAAGGUGCUGAGAUUGGAGAAGCUGAGAGUACAAUCGCAGAGGUUGAAGCAGUUGUCAAGCCAACAGAAGAUUAAAUUUAAAACUCUCAGUUUGCUGAACUGUUAGCACGCAUCCUGUUUUAUCCUGUUGAGCCCUUGUGAGCUCGUUACCAGAUGUGUAAAGUCUGAACUCCUGUACCAGUAUCAUUACUUCAAGUCUUCAACCUUGAAAAUUGAAAGAUGCUGUCCGGAAGACCGGAAUUGUGUUUACUGCU